AUGGCGGACUCCCGGGCGGAGUCGGAGCCCCUCUUGAGUCGGGCCCGGGGCGGCAGCGGCCGAGACUGCCUGGCGGGCUCAGCCGCUUGCCGCAGCGUCCGCGGCGGCCCUGGCGCUCGGUCCAGGCGGGAUCUCUGCUUUGACCAGGCUGCUGUCUUCAUCGAAGAUGCGAUCCAGUAUCGCUCCAUUAACCACCGCAUGGACGCCAGAUCGAUGUGGCUUUACCGCUUGUAUUACUCAAACACGUGCCAGUGGAUAUUGAGCGUCACCAUUUUCUUGAUCCUGUUUUUGGCUUUUAUUGAGACCCCUUCCUCGCUCACUAGCACCGCAGACGUCCGCUACCGCUCGGCCCCCUGGAAUCCUCCCUGUGGCCUGACCGAGAGCAUCGAGGUGCUCUGCCUGCUGGUCUUUGUGGCUGACGUCUCUGUGAAGAGCUACCUGGUUGGGUGGGCCCAGUUCCGGAUGAACCUCUGGCUGCUGGCCUACCUUGCAGUGCUGGUCGUGUCUCUUAUGGACUGGAUCGUGUCGCUGAGUCUGGUUUGCCAGGAGCCCCUGCGGAUUCGUAGGCUUUUGCGCCCCUUCUUCUUGAUGCAGAACUCAUCCAUGAUGAAGAAGACGCUCAAGUGUAUCAGGUCUUCGCUGCCGGAAAUGGCCAGUGUCCUGCUGCUGUUGGUGGUCCACCUGUGCGUCUUCACCAUGUUUGGGAUGCUGCUCUUCACAGGCAAGAAGCAGGGCGAUGGGCAGGACCGGGAGAGGCUGAUGUACUUUCGCAACCUGCCGGAGGCUCUGACCUCCCUGCUGGUGCUGCUGACCACAGCCAACAACCCCGACGUUAUGACUCCUGCGUAUUCCAAGAACCGGGCCUAUGCCAUCUUUUUCAUAGUCUUCACCCUGAUAGGAAGCUUGUUCCUGAUGAACCUGCUGACGGCCAUCAUCUACAAUCAGUUCCGGGGCUACCUGAUGAAGUCUUUCCAGACCUCCCUGUUCCGGAGGCGGCUGGGAGCCCGGGCCGCCUAUGAGGUCCUCUCCUCCAUGACAGCAGAGGGAGAAGCCCACCGUCAAGAAGUCGGGGUGAAGCCCCAGGACUUCCUGCAGGCGCUUCAGAAAGUCCAGCUGGACAGCUCCCACAAACAGGCCAUUGUGGAGAAGGUGCAUUCCUACGGUGGCGACCUGUUACCAGCUGAUGAGUUUCAGAAACUCUUCAAUGAGUUUGACAAAAGGGUGAUUAAAGAGCCCCCACCACGGCCCGAGUACCUGUCUCCCUUCCUGAAGAGUGCCCAGUUCCUUUUCAGCCACCGUUACUUUGACUACCUGGGGAACCUCAUCGCCCUUGGGAACCUCCUGUCCAUUUCUGUGUUCCUGGUGGUAGAUGCAGACGUGCUGCCCGAGGACCGUGACGACUUCGUCCUAGGGAUUCUCAACUGUGUCUUCAUCCUGUACUACCUGCUGGAGCUGCUGCUGAAGGUGUUCGCUCUGGGGCUGCCGGGGUACCUGGCCCACUCCAGCAACGUGUUUGAUGGGCUCCUCACCGUCGUUCUGCUGGUUUUGGAGAUCUCAACUCUGGCUGUGUACCGAUUCCCACACCCGGGCUGGAAGCCAGAGAUGUUGGGCCUGCUGUCGCUGUGGGACACGGCCCGGCUGGUGAACACGCUCAUCGUGUUCCGGUUCCUGCGCAUCAUCCCCAGCAUGAAGCUAAUGGCUGUGGUGGCUAGUACUGUCCUGGACCUGAUCAGAAACAUGCGGGCUUUUGGUGGGAUCCUGGUGGUGGUCUACUAUGUCUUUGCCAUCAUGGGCAUCAACCUGUUCCGUGGUGUCGUCAUGGCUCCUGGAAACGGCAGCCUGGCCCCUGACAACAGCUCUGCACCCUGCGGAAGCUUCGAGCAGUUGGAAUACUGGGCCAACAACUUCGAUGACUUUGCGGCCGCCCUCAUCACUCUGUGGAACGUGAUGGUGGUGAACAACUGGCAGGUGUUCCUGGAUGCCUAUCGGCGCUACUCGGGCCCGUGGUCGAAGAUCUACUUCGUGUUGUGGUGGCUGGUGUCGUCUGUCAUCUCGGUCAACCUGUUUCUGGCUCUGAUUCUGGAGAAUUUUCUUCACAAGUGGGACCGCCGCAGUCACCUGCAGUCCCUUGCUGGGGACCCGGACACCACCUGUCAGAGGAGCGUGGAGCUCUUGUUUAGGGAUGUCCUGGAGGAGCCGGCGGAGGAGGAGCUGAUGGAGAAGCUGAGCCAUCACCCGCACCUGCAGCUGUGCAGGUGA